AUGUUGAAGUUGCUUUUAAACACAGCUUUCCUUCUUUACCUGUCCAGGUAGCCUGUUUUCAUUUCAGUCUUAAUGAAAACUUUUAAAUUUACAUCUCAAGUUUCUUUCUAAAGCAGUAGAGAACUGAAACGAAUGGGGAUUGAACUGCUUUGCCUGUUCUUUCUGUUUCUAGGAAGGAAUGAUCACGUACAAGGUGACUGUGCCAUGGGAGGGGCAGAGACCUGUGAAGACUGCUUACUCAUUGGACCCCAAUGUGCCUGGUGUUCUCAGGAGAAUUUUACCCAUCCAUCUGGAGUUGGAGAAAGGUGUGAUACCCCAGCAAAUCUUUUAGCUAAAGGAUGUCAACUAACUUUCAUCGAAAACCCUGUCUCCCAAGUAGAAAUACAUACAAAUAAGCCUCUCAGUGUAGGCAGACAGAAAAAUAGUUCUGACAUUGUUCAGAUUGCACCUCAAAAGUUGACUCUUAAAUUGAGACCAGGCAGUGAACAGACUCUGCAAGUGCAAGUCCGCCAGACGGAGGACUACCCGGUGGACUUGUAUUACCUCAUGGACCUCUCGGCCUCCAUGGAUGAUGACCUCAACACAAUCAAAGAGCUGGGCUCCCUGCUUUCCAAGGAGAUGUCUAAAUUAACCAGCAACUUUAGACUGGGCUUCGGCUCUUUUGUGGAAAAACCUGUCUCCCCUUUUGUGAAAACAACCCCAGAAGAAAUCGCCAACCCUUGCAGUAGUAUUCCAUACUUCUGCUUACCUACAUUUGGAUUCAAGCACAUUUUGCCAUUGACGAAUGAUGCUGAAAGAUUCAAUGAAAUUGUGAAGAAUCAGAAAAUUUCUGCUAAUAUUGACACACCAGAAGGUGGAUUUGAUGCAAUUAUGCAAGCUGCUGUGUGUAAGGAAAAGAUUGGUUGGCGGAAUGACUCCCUCCAUCUCCUGGUCUUUGUGAGUGAUGCCGAUUCUCAUUUUGGAAUGGACAGCAAACUGGCAGGCAUCGUCAUUCCUAAUGAUGGGCUCUGUCACUUGGACAACAAGAAUGAAUACUCCAUGUCAACUGUCUUGGAAUAUCCAACAAUUGGACAACUCAUUGAUAAACUGGUGCAAAAUAACGUGCUAUUAAUCUUUGCCGUAACCCAAGAACAAGUUCAUUUAUAUGAGAAUUAUGCAAAACUCAUUCCUGGAGCUACAGUAGGGCUACUUCAGAAGGACUCUGGAAACAUUCUCCAGCUGAUCAUCUCAGCUUAUGAAGAACUGCGGUCGGAGGUGGAACUGGAAGUGUUAGGAGACACAGAAGGACUCAACCUAUCUUUCACGGCUAUCUGUAACAACGGGGCCCCCUUCCCACACCAAAAGAAAUGCUCUCACAUGAAGGUGGGAGACACAGCUUCAUUUAACAUGACUGUGAGUAUACCAAACUGUGAGAGAAGAAGCAGGCACAUUACCAUAAAGCCUGUGGGGCUGGGGGACGCCCUAGAAAUACUUGUCCGUCCGGAAUGCAGCUGUGCCUGUCAGAAAGAGGUGCAAGUGAACAGCUCCAAAUGCCACAAUGGGAACGGUUCCUUCCAGUGUGGGGUGUGUACCUGCAACCCCGGCCACAUGGGUCCUCGCUGCGAGUGUGGCGAGGACACACUGAGCACGGACUCCUGCAAGGAGGCCCCGGAUCACCCCUCGUGCAGCGGGAGAGGCGACUGCUACUGCGGGCAGUGCACCUGCCACUUGUCUCCCUAUGGAGACAUUUACGGGCCUUACUGCCAGUGCGACAAUUUCUCCUGCGUGAGGCACAAAGGGCUGCUCUGCGGAGAUAACGGCGUGUGUGACUGUGGUGAAUGCGUGUGCAGGCCUGGCUGGGCGGGCGAGUACUGUAACUGCACCACCAGCACGGAUUCCUGCGUCUCCGAGGAUGGGGUGCUCUGCAGCGGGCGAGGGGACUGCGUCUGUGGCAAGUGUGCUUGCACGAAUCCCGGAGCCUCUGGACCGACCUGUGAACGUUGCCCUACCUGUGGUGAUGCCUGUAACUCUAAACGGAGCUGCAUCGAAUGCCACCUGUCUGCAGAUGGCCAGGCCCGAGAAGAAUGUGUUGACAAAUGCAAACUAGCUGGGGCAACCAUCAGUGAAGCAGAAGAUUUUUCAAAGGAUAGUUCUGUUCCCUGUUCUCUGCAAGGAGAAAAUGAAUGUCUUAUUACAUUCCUAAUAACUACAGAUAAUGAAGGGAAAAGCAUCAUUCACAGCAUCAGUGAGAAAGACUGUCCAAAGCCCCCAAACAUUCCCAUGAUUAUGUUGGGGGUUUCACUGGCUAUUCUUCUCAUUGGGCUCGUCCUACUGUGCAUUUGGAAGCUGCUGGUGUCAUUUCAUGAUCGUAAAGAAGUUGCCAAAUUUGAAGCAGAACGGUCGAAGGCCAAGUGGCAAACGGGAACCAAUCCACUCUACAGAGGCUCCACCAGUACCUUUAAAAAUGUAACCUAUAAACACAGGGAAAAACAAAAGAUGGACCUUUCCACAGAUGGAUAGAACUACUUCAUGCAUGAAAAAAGUCUGCUUCACUGAUAUGAAAUGUUAAUGCACUAUUUAAUUUUUCUUUUUUUUUGUUGCUUCAAAACGAGGUGGGUUUAAGAUAAUAAUAGGUCAUCUGGAGAUCAGUCACUGUCUGUAUAAGGCUAGAGACUGUGUUGGCAGGUUCAAAAUAAUCAGGAAGAGAAGUAUCUUUAGCAAAAGGGUGACUUUGGGGAUCAUUGAGGAAUACUAACUGUUGUAUUAAUGCCUCAAAAAAUCAUCAAAAUGACACAUGGGGGCCUGAUUUGCAUUUGAAAAAUGUUUGAAAUUAGAAUCUCAUUUGUUGCAGGAAUAUAGCUACCUGAAGUCUUUGUCUCAGCAAAAUCACAAAGUCCAUAUGCUCACAUUAAAUAAUCACACUUGUGAAUUAAUUCUAAACUUUUAGUAAAUCUGCCCUUUCCUAAAGGUGGAUUCUUUUAAAAAUCUAGAAGAAAUGAGAUACUGACUUUUACUUCAACUGAGACAAUGCAGUUCUUCUAAAGAUGUCCCAAAUGUAGUAAGUGUUAAUAAUUUCUGUGGAUUUGCAUGUACCUAAAAGUCAGGUACACAAGUAAGUAUAAGAAUAAGAAGUAAUUUCUAAAUUAGAAAGUUAAAAAAAUAAAUUAGAAAGUUACCAGUAAAAACAAAAUAUCUAGUCUAUUAUUUAGAUUAUUUUUAAUUACCUGAAGAAGAAAUUUCUACACUCAGUUUCCCUCCUGACCCUGAGUUUUCAAACCACUACUUCUCCCAUAUUUCUCAAUUUAUUUUACUUAGUUUCAUAGUCAUCUAAACCCUGGAAAUAUCAUAUGAAAGUUUUAAUUUCUUGUUAAAAAUUACUUUAAAUGGUUAGAUAGUUUAAUCAAAAAAAGCUCCAAUAAUGCAAAAGGAACAUGGGUUAAACAGAGUAACAUUUUAAGUGGCUUUGAAGCAAACACAUCAAGAGUACAGUCUCUCAUGAGUAAUAGGCUUUCUAUCUAUAUGUUUCCAUUUAUAUAACCUAACUUGCACAUUUCAUGUGCAACAUGGUGAAUAUGCAUUCGUGUAUUUACUUUAAAAAGUAACAUUUUACUUGCAAACUACAUGUGGAUAAUUAAGGAUCCAUAGGUUGAUUGAGGAGAUGGACUCUGUAGAAUAUUAUCUCCUAUUAGUUCGGCUUCACGGAGCACUGUCCUCUUAUUUGAUAAGGAAGCUAAGCCUC